CAGACUGGCAGCUCAGCAGAGCCAUUGAAAUGGAAAUUGUGACCAUAUCUCCAUAGUAUGAGAUAAAAGGGUGUGUGCGGGAGGCAGCCAUUGAAGAUAACGACCAGUAAAAACCCAGAUGGCGGACUGCCCACAGGGAGGGGACUUGGUAUAAAGUAUCAGAGUGAGAGAGUGAUGGAACCUCCAGGAAUUCCAUCCUAAGAACCUGCAGAGGAGGAGGUAAAUCAGACACUGAGAUCUCACUCUAACAGAGAUGGCCAGGGCUAGCCUCCUCUACCUGGGGCUAGUGCUGUGUGUGCACACCUUAACAGCCCAGGAUGUAGGGCAGAUCAGGACUGGGCAGGAAGGAGGGGGGCAGGAAGAUGGUGAGUGGUUCACUGGAGCCCAUGGAGUGCAGGAUUUGGCUCAGCUGUCAUGGGACUAUUUGCAGUGCUGGUUCUCUCCAGAGGAAUGUGAAGAAAGUGAGCGACCUGCGGGUGAGUGCUGCUCUGCUGUUGUUCUGGUUGGGUUCUCACUCAUACAGCAUGCUAUUGUAAGAAAGGGCACUGCCUAGUGAUGCAUCAUGGGUUUCCAAAUAUGUUAAUACUGUUAGAAACACUUUCCAGAUAAUGUAUCUGCGAAGAUUGCUAUAGACUUUAAUGGUGACUUUUGUAAGUUAAUCAGUUGAAAUGUUUUUCAAACCGUAUGGAAUCAUUGAAAAAGCUUAUUACAUUUUUGCAAUUUUGCAGAUUUUUAAAUUCUGUUUUCAGUUUCACCACAAUCUAAGUGAAUAAAGAAUGAUUUGUCCAAAGCUAGACAGACCUCUCUACAACUCUCUUCGAUUUCAGUUAUUCAUUUUUUUUUUUUUCUCCCAAUGUAUUUUUUUUUAUUAAAAGUUCAGCAGAUCAUAAUUUAGAUCUGCAUGUAACAAAAUACAGUACGUUCAGUAAUGAGAGAUUUCCAAGUUCUUCUGAGGGGAGUAAUAGUUAAAAACCAUUAAAACCGUUAAAAACACUCCCCUUAUUCCAGCGCCGAGGGGGAACCUAAUGCAAAUGAGUGGCGUGCACCCCACGUGCAUUAGUCCUUCCCCAUGAGAAUUUAACAAUGUAAUGCUUUCAAACGGAGGGGAUUUGAAGAUGUCGAAAGUCCUCAUGCAAAGUGUGAGGAUGUCCAGAGUCAUUUCACUGAGUCGAACUGUGAAACUUCAGGAAGCUGAUAGACAGCCACUAGAAGCAGUCUUAACCCUACAAUGUAAAGAUUGCAGUUUCUCUAAAACAGGAUUAAGGGGGGGCAGGUACACUGCAUCCAGGCCACUUCAAUGAGGUGCAUUGCCUAUAGUGUUACUUUGUCGUGAAGAUAGCAGAGUGUAGAACAUUUAUUCUGUACAUUGUACUGAUACCGGGACCUCUGUCUAGGCACUCCUUAUGGUUAAUCCUGCUCUCUUGCUAUGUCAUUGGGUUAGUGGUAAGGAGUACAUUCAAGGGAACGAGGAAUAACUGCUUUACGGCUGCCAAACUGCUGGCAUCCCACUCAGACGUGUAGAAUUCUAGUCUCAUCACUUGCAGGUGGAUCCACUCUAAGACAUGGAGCUCUGUGUGGAGGAAGUGCUCUUUAGGCUAGUGUUGAAUGUUGAUUUUGCCAGCAGAAUGUAUAGAUUAGCUCAGGGGUAGGCAACCUUCGUCCCUCCGUAUGCUGUGGACUACAUCUCAAUAAAUGCUCUUGUAAGAGUACUAUGGGCGACAUAGUCCACAACACCUAGAGUACCUAAGGUUGCUGACCCCUAGACUAGAUAGAUGAAUACAUACCUGAAGAUGGACGUAUCUUCUACUCCAUCUGUUGAUGACUAACUUUAAUAUGUCUUUAUAAAGUAUACAAUAAAACGUACCAAUGAAGAAGACUAGAAGGUGGAUUCUCUUAGCAGAGUAAGGACUCACACUGCUUAUUGAAUACCAAUUUUCUCAUAGACUUCAAUGGAGGAAUUGCUAUUCAGUAAGCAGAGUAAACUCUAAUUCCUAUUACAUAAGAGAAUCUGGCCUCUGGGCUUUUUAUGUAUUGUGUUUUAUUUAUUUUUUUCAUUCUUAAAUGUAAACCUAAUACGAAUGUUUGUUUCUCUUCUAUUUUUACAGAUUGGGGCUGGCCUACUGUUAGCUGGGAAUCCCUGCGGUUUUUAUCAGACUGGUAUUCACGAGUAUCUGAAAGCGGGGACUAUGCCUAUGGAAGGAUUUCCAAUAACCUAACAGGUCAGGUUAAUUCUGUUAUACAAAGGGACUGGUUUAGAACUUACAGUAUGCAACUCCAGCAUAUAUGCAGUCCUGUAAAAUGGGCCAAAAAAAUAUUACAGCUAAAUGCAAGUUGAACGCUGUAGUGGUUAUGGUGCCAGCCCAGGAAUACCUUGGUGUUAUUCCUCAGUAAGGGGCUAAAACAUUUUGCAUUGGUUUGCCACAUACCUAAGUCCAACUGGACUCAGAGCCUCCUAAAAUGCUUGAAACGCUGAACAUACCUAGCACCAUCACCACUUCAAAACACUGAAUUGGUAAUGGUGCUUGGAGUAAAAUGUCAAUGCAUAUAUCUACAUCUGUCAGAUAUUUGCAACUUUUUUUAUCUUCCUUAAGAUUUUUGUAAUAAAUCCUAUGCUGUUUCUUGCCAUCAAAAUGUGUUUUUCUGACACGUGUUUAUAAUUCAUUAAACUGGGAGUUUUAUAGAAAAAUGUCCAAUUCAGCUAAUGUUUUUUAUUUUUUAUUAUUAUUAUUUUUUUUUUUAUCUACAACUUGUAAUUUCAUCUCAAUUCUCUCCAAUUCCCAGUGCGGUGAAUAGUCCUAACAGUAAGUGCAAAAGAAAAUUACCACCUCGGGUCUAAAAAAAAAAGUGUUGCUAGUUAAUUUUUCACUAAUCAAUCAUUAAUCGUAACUAUUAUUAUUAUUAUUAUUAUUAUUAUUAUUAUUAUUAUAUCAAACUCGAGUGCCCAGAUGAUGCUAAACUACAACUCCCAUAAUUCUCUGGACAUCUAUUGCCUUCAAUGAAUUCUAGGAGGUAGAGACCACCAACAUCGGUUGAGAUCAUUGACCAUAUAAAUAUGGGGCAAAAUUUAUUGUAAUUAAAGUAUCUAAUAAAUACAAAUAAAAAACAUGUUUAUUCGUUAAAGUUGAGACUUUAUGGAUGAGGUUAUUUAAGAAUUGUUUUGUAAUUAUUAAUUUUUUUUUUCCAUCAAGGGAGUCUAUCAAGUAAAACGUGUUUUUUUUUUUUUUUUAAACAUAAAUCAAGUUAUUUUUGUGCACUAUGUCAAAGGGAAUGCAAAGUAUCCCUAUAUGCUGGUCUGCAUUAUGCUACCUGUUCGCAACUUUUUUAUUUGUAUUUUUUGGGGUGAAACCCCCCCCCCCAAAAAAAAAGCAUAAGCUCAGUUAAGACCCUCUGCUACCUAGAAAAUGUGGGAGAUGUAUAAAAGUAAUUCAAUCCAAAAAGUGAGUCAAUCACAACACUAAUUUUGACCUUUAUUUCCUUCCCUUAAAAAAAAAAAAAAAAAAAAAAUUAAAUUCCAUAGGAUGUCCAUAAUGAGAGAGAAUGUAAUCAUUACACCAUUGUUAUAUAACGGUUGUACUACCAGGGGUUAGUAGCGGGCAACCUGUGUUACCAAAUGUAAAGUAUAUAAUUAUUGCCAGGUCAACUGCUGGGCUACUCAAGGUUAUCGUGAUUACUGUCCAAAUCAAAUAUUGGAGUAAUCCAUUGCCUGUUGACUUUAUUCUUAGUUUUGUUUAUUUUUAGGUUUGCAAUGGGACCUAAGCAGACGUGUACAUGGGCAACACCUGGCCAAGGAUCUGAUAGUAACCUCCUUUCAAGAUUUCCUUGAGGACAGUGAACCCAAAAAGCCACUAAUCCUCUCUUUCCAUGGCUGGACUGGAACGGGUAAAAAUCUGGUGGCCCGGAUCAUAGCAGAGAACCUGUAUGAAGAUGGACAGCGGAACCGCUGUAUCAGAAUAUUUUUUCCACAGUUGCACUUCCCCCAUGCCUCACACUUGGAGGUCUACAAGGUAAGGAUGGCGGCUGUUUGCAUUCUUUCUGGAUGUCACGUAUAUGUUUUAAAACUACGUACAUUCCAAAAUAAGCUUCAGAGACAAAUUGGAGAUGAUAAUGAUAUGAUAACUUAGGCUUUGAUUGAAUUCUUUCGGAUAGGAUUUUCAAACAAGUUAUCUACAAACAUUCCCAUACACUUUCAUGGUUACUUCUGUAGAUAAAGUUUGAAAGGUUUUCUCACAGAUUGUGAUCAUCUGAAAAGCUUAUCCAAAGGUUCUUUGAGUUCUUAGUAAGAUUCUGGAGAAAAGGAUGUACUGAAUGGCUCAGACACUGUGACAGUAUUAUGGGGUGCAUGUGGCUCUUGAAAAAUCAAUGCUACAGUGCCACAUUCAAAAACAUAAAAUUACAGAGCACAUAUUUUAAUCACUCCCCCUCCACUUUAAAAGGGCCACCUGUCACCUUAAUACAGCACAAAUGUCCUAUGCUAUACUAUAAGAUAACCGCUGCAGAUUACAACAAUGCAAAAUAGAAAAUAAUAUUAAGAUACUGGUUCUGAGUACAGUUACAUAUGUUUAAUUUCUCUUAAACAAAAUGCUGUGGUUGGGUUUUUAUAUAAGCUAGUGUCUUAUGAAAUAAAACCAUUUAAAUAAUAGAUAUACAAUUUGUCACCAUUCUCUGUGACUGAUCCCAUUUAACACCAUUCUUUAAUGCUAGAGAAGCGAUCGGUGCAUUGAUUUAGAUUAGUAGCUCUCACCCCUAGGUUGCGACCCAAAUGUUGGUCCCCAUGCUGUUUCAGUGUGAAAUGUUAAUCAGCCCCAUUGGAAUUAUCACUACAGUAAAGAACAUAUUGUGAGUAACAAUAAUCAAAAUAGCAUUGUGCAUGGUACGUUUUAAUGUUAGAUAAAGAAGUGUUUGUUUUUACUGAUUUAGAAUAACAUUAGCAUUAGCACAAAGUAAACAUACAUUGCAUAGCUUUCAUUUUAAAAUUUACAAAACCAUUUUCAAAUUCAGAAUUAAGCAUUAAUGCCCAAGGUCUCAGUGAUUUUCUCAAAUAUUUCUGCAUUUCUUUAUGGAGGGAAUUGCACACUACAAACACGUCCAAUUCAAAUGUAAUUGUCUUCUUUUUGUAUUUAAUUUUUUUAAAUAAUUUGAUGCAUUCUAAACUCAGACUUUGGAAAGUGUAAAAAAUAAAUAAAGUGUGUAUAUGCAUAUCAUUUGAUUUACUAUAUAAUUCUUUGUGUGUUUUGCAGGUUCAGUUGGAGAAACAGCUCCGAGACAUAUCCUUGCGUUGCUCGCAGCCCCUGUUCAUCUUUGAUGAUGCAGAUAAGAUCCCUGUUGCGCUCUUGACUUCGAUCAUUCCAUACAUUACUCAGUCAGAGACACAGCAAACCCCCAGCAUUUUCAUAUUCCUCAGGUGAGACUAGAUUUUUUAUUUACUUUUCUAUAGCAAUGGGUAGAAGUUCUCUUAUGCUCAUGGAUUUACACAUAAUUGUCCACAUAUAAACAUCAGAAAGAUAUUGAAUUCUUCAAUCUCAAAUUAUUGUAAACAACCAAUUUUGUGUACAUGUCAUUAACUCUAUCCCCAUGUUUUACCGCCUCUAUUUAAAUACUCACUUUUUCCCAUUUUUCCAUAUUCAGUGGUUUGGGCAGUACUGCAAUUAACGAGGUGGCCCUCACUUUCUGGCGUGCAGGACGCCAUCGGGAGGAGAUUACAGCAGAUGACCUGGACCGUCCUUUGAAAGCCUCCAUAAGGGACCAAGGUACGAAAUUCUCAAACUAAUAUCUGUUUGAGGUUUCAUUUUCUGAAUUGGCAAGAUUGUAGGACUCCUCAUGUUGUUGGACAUACCUGAGUAUACAAAUGGCCUCUUGUAGUUAUGAAUUAUUACUCUCCCUUUUCACUAGUUUAGAACUUAUUUUCUUCAUAUUAUGGAAUAUAGUGGAGCGGAACAUCGGUGUAGUUAUGUUGUACUGCUGUAAGCUUAAUUAACUAAAGAUGUGGUUACAGAGUUGAAGACAUUUUAUCUAUUGAUUACUCCUGGAUUAUUUUGACCUACGUUUGGAAUCCAUUGUUUUGAGGUUUAUACAGUAAACUAUGUUGCAGUGAACUGAAAAAAAUAAUAUAUAAAUGUAUGUAUAAUAAGCCAAAAUAGCCAAGUUGGGGAGUAAAAAUCUCCACUUGCCCACAUUUUCGGUUUUGCUGUUUGGCUCAUUCUAGUUUGAUAUUUAGUGAGUAAAUCCCUUGCAAUGAGUGAAUAAACACAUGUACAUAAAUUUGUUAAUCUUUCACAUCCAAAGUAAUGAGUAUUUGAGUAUUUUUUUUAUAUUCUAAAGGGAGACUAGACCUUAAAAACAAUAAUGCUUUAAAGGGGGAGUCCAAAAGGUAGAUCCCCAGAUUUAUCAAAACUGCAGCUUUUAGUGAAUAACCCUUUUACGUUUAACCUUAAUGGCACUAAACUACCCCAUCCGUACCAUUCUAGAAAUGCAACUGACCACUUCUGUUUAAGCAUUUUACAUUAAUGAUUACAUAUUCAUGUAUCCUAACAAUUUAGGUUUAUGUCCAGUAUGAGGUCUACUAAAAGCCAAAACAUGUAGCUCAAUAUUUUAACAGCCUUUUUUUUAUAUUUAAUUAUUUACUUUCAAUGUAACUUGUAUGAUCUUUAUAGAAAGUCUUGAUGAUCCAAUAUCAUUACCAGGUUGUGGUUUUCUGUCAGUAAUCCUUAGCUCUUUUUUCUAGGAGACAGUGUUCUGCUCUGGCAUCUCAUGACUGAGGAUCUCGUUGAUGUGUUUGUCCCUUUUCUGCCGCUGGAGCGAGCUCACGUGAAGCUGUGUGCCAGGGAUUCCUUUGUUGCACGAGGGUUGCCAUACACAGAGACUGCUCUAGAUGUGCUCACUAAAGGCUUGCUAUUUGUUCCAAAGGAGGAGAAGCUGUUUUCUGCCCACGGCUGCAAACUAGUGGCACAGAGAAUUAACUUCCUCCAGUAGCUAAGAAGAAAAGGACUCUAUAUCCUGUGAUAUGGGACAGGAAAGGGCUAAACCUGCAUGAAACAUUGUUGCGUCGUACCAGGUCUUGUGCAAAUAAAGAGACGUCUGGAUGUAUAAAAGCAUCAACUGGUGGCCGAGGGUGGCCCGUCUUGCUCCAGGCAGCUCUGUCUUAGAAGGUUGGAGUGGAACAAGAAAACUGUCUUGGUGGACUCAAUUCUCUGCAAUCGUUGGGUAGAGUUCAGAUUUGGUUGGAAUACCGUUACAUUGAUUGUGUGUGGAUAUCCAGGGUUUAUUGACGAGACCGUCAAUCGCUAUUUAAGGUCAUUAUCAAGCUGAACUGGAGAAAUAUCCUAACCUUGUUUGACAUUUGAACCAUCCCUCAUUGGGUGGAAUGAUAUCAUUUCUCUGAAACUACUCAUUUGAGUUUAGUAAAUACUAAAAUUGCAAUUACAUGUGAAAUGUGCAGAUUGCCAUAAAAUAUUCUGGAGUUAAUUUGGAACUCGAGUGGUCAUCAACAGUUACCAUAAUUGUAGAAACUGACAGGACAAUUUCAUAUUUUAGGUCAAAAUAGUUGAGUUAGUUCAUUUCCUUGUAAAUGUUCUACUAAUCUGAUUUAGUCAAAAAGAAAGUAUGAAUGUAAGUUUGGGGUUAGCUUACACAGAACUAUAAAUGAUAACCUCUGUUACAAGAAAAACAAAAGGGCAGUUUAUUUAUAUUGUUAAAUGUCAGCUAUAUUUUUUUAAUAAAUAUUUUAUUCUAAACCUGAA